AUUCGUUCAAGCGGCACAAGAGUCCUCUCUCAACGUGGGGUUUCAACUUCAAGGGCUUGCAACGCCGCUGGAUUAUUGAAUCCUUCGCCGGCUUCUCUGCCAUGAUUUACCCACCAAACCCUCGCCGUUAAGCCUCCCCUCCCCGUCUUAUCCUCCGACCGGCCAAACCCCCCGAUCGCUACGGACAAUGUCAUCAGUAGAGAAAAAACGACUACGCGAUAGGCGCGCACAGCAGAACCUUCGUAGCAAGCGUUCACAGCAGAUGGCCGUGCUCGAGAAAGAAGUUGCUCAUUGUCGGGAACACCACGACGAUCACGGAAUCCAGCGCCUCCUGCAAGUAAUUACUGGUCUCCGGGAGCAAAAUAAAGCUCUGCGAUCACGUCAGGAACGUUUAAAGUGUCUUGUCAAUUCCUGGGACGCAAGUCCAGUUGAGGUGCCGACCAACACGCAUGAAUCUCGCGACCAAAGUGUACCGGGUUUGAUCGCAAUCCCUGGAGGACUCAUGAACAACAUUGAUUCUAGUUCGAAUCCGAUCCAAUCGAGCAGAAAUAAUACUCCACGCGAUGACCCAAACCCAUCCUCAUUACGGUUGAGUGGUGAACUAAGCCAUCAGCAAGUCCCUCACACACAGACACUUUCCAGAGAACCCCCGACGACGGAUACCAGUCUCAUCUGGAAACAACUCCCUCUGCAUGCCGACAACUUCUUGGACCCGCGAACCAUUUCCUGCCCUUGGUUGGAAUACCCGGAGCGAAUAGCCCUGUGCCCCAACUCCCCCUCCUCUCCACUAGACCUCCUCUACGGCACAAAUACAAACUACCUCGCGGACAUGAUUUAUAAAGCCACACAGAGACGCCCUAUCCGUGACCCCGAACGCCUAGCCAUGGGCUGGCUAUGCUACCAUCUUACACGAUGGGUUGUAUCGCCCAGUCCUGCGACCUACGCAAACCUCCCACUCUUUCUGCGACCGGUUCCAGACCAGCUCCAGAUUACACAUCCCAUGGUGCUCGACAAUAUACCCUGGCCGCAACUCCGAGUGAACCUGAUUCGACACUGGGAUGUGCUCCGCGAUAUUCGCGACGACGUUUUUGGAUUGUUCUCGUGCUGUGUCAAGAUUCGGUGGCCGUGGGGGGAGGGCAUCCUCGAACGGAACUCGGACAACGAGUUGUGUAUUAAAGAGAAAUUUUUCGAAACAUUUAUGAGUGAAGCAGGAUGGGGUCUUACACCCGAGUUUAUGCAAAGAUAUCCUCAACUUCUUGCGGGAGUUGAUCUCGGGGCUAUCACCUAUGAGCUUGUGGAUAAAGAAUUUUAUCAGGGUGAAAAGUGAUCGUGGUCUUUAAUAUUUUAUUUUGGAAAAUGAUCGCAACUAUAUACAAGUCUAUGCUUAUUAUGUAU